GAAAAGGGUGCCAAGAAGCUGGGACGAGGGAACGUGGGUGUAAAUAGACAGUGCGCGCUCUCGGUCUCGGUCUCUCUCGCUCCCUCUCUCUCUCUCUCUUCUCUCUCCCUCCCCCUUCUCCAUCUCUCUCCGUCUCUCUUUUAUGAAAUCAAUGAACGAGUUAUUGGGUAGGACAUAAAUAUAAGGAAUCAAAGCCUCCACCGGGACCAACGGCACUGCGCGCUUUUGAUAUGCGUCCUCGCCAAACGCUACAUGUGUUUUCUCAUCAAUGUAAAUAUUGGCUUUGAUAGGACGAGAGCGGAAUCAGCUCCGGCACGACUUGGUCUCGGAACCAAAUUUUGACCAAGACUUGCACCAGCUUCUUCUUCUUUUUUUUCUCUUUUUUUUCUUUCUUUUUUUUUUUUUUUCUCUCUCUGAACCUAAAAACGAUUCUCCAUCAUCUCCCUCUGCUGCCGUCGUUCCCAUCCCAACUCACUGGCCGGUCCGAAGAUGGCAACUUUAACCAACGGGCAGGUGGACGGCACGGUGCACGGCGUCGGCGUGGUCUCCGCCAGCACGAACGGGCUCGUGAACGGAUUAAGCCACAGCCACAGCCCGGCGGGCUGUCCGGCCACCAUCCCCAUGAAGGACCACGAUGCCAUCAAACUCUUCAUCGGUCAGAUCCCCCGCAACCUGGACGAGAAGGACCUGCGGCCCCUCUUCGAGGAGUUCGGCAAGAUCUACGAGCUCACCGUGCUCAAGGACCGGUUCACGGGCAUGCACAAAGGCUGUGCCUUCCUCACCUACUGUGCCAGAGAGUCGGCCCUGAAAGCCCAGAAUGCAUUGCACGAGCAGAAGACCCUGCCAGGGAUGAAUAGACCAAUCCAGGUGAAGCCAGCAGACAGCGAGAGCCGAGGAGAAGACAGAAAGCUCUUUGUGGGCAUGCUCAACAAGCAACAGUCAGAAGAUGACGUGCGGCGCCUCUUCGAGUCCUUCGGCUGCAUCGAGGAAUGCACCAUCCUCCGGGGUCCCGACGGAAACAGCAAAGGUUGCGCUUUUGUAAAAUACUCCUCUCACGCUGAAGCUCAGGCAGCCAUCAGUGCACUACACGGCAGCCAGACAAUGCCUGGUGCCUCAUCCAGUCUGGUGGUGAAGUUCGCCGACACGGACAAGGAGCGCACCAUCCGCCGCAUGCAGCAGAUGGCUGGUCAGAUGGGCAUCUUCAACCCCAUGGCCCUGCAGUUUGGAGCCUACGGAGCCUACGCGCAGCCUCCUUACAAUCCCCUCUCUUCCACCGUGCAGGUGCAGCAGCAGGCAGCCUUGAUGGCAUCUGUAGGCCAAGGAGGCUACCUCAGUCCAAUGGCGGCCUUUGCUGCUGCACAGAUGCAGCACAUGGCGACCAUCAAUGGCCUCCCAGGGGCACCGCUGACCCCCACGUCAGGUGGCAGUACUCCUCCAGGCAUCAGCGCCCCCACAGUGACCAGCAUCCCCUCCCCCAUUAGUGUAAAUGGUUUCACUGGCAUGCCGCCCCCCCAGGCAAACGGGCAGCCGCCCGCAGAGGCCGUCUUCACCAACGGGAUACACCAUUACCCUGUGUUGCAGGAGGUGGUUUUUAGGGAGGACUCGGAGAAAAACGGCUUGGGCGUGGCUCCGCGAAGUUGUUUUGGGGUUCAGGGUGGCUGCUUCCUCUCCUCUCUCUCUGAAGCUCAAAGUCCCACUGCAGCUGAUCCUCUCCAGCAGGCUUACACAGGAGUCCAGCAGUAUGCAGCAGCCUACCCCGCUGCAUAUGGCCAGAUCAGCCAAGCCUUCCCCCACCCUCCACCCAUCAUUCCACAACAGCAGCGAGAAGGACCAGAGGGUUGCAACCUGUUCAUCUACCACCUCCCUCAGGAGUUUGGGGAUGGAGAGCUGAUGCAGAUGUUCCUGCCUUUCGGUAAUGUCAUCUCCUCCAAAGUGUUUGUGGAUCGGGCGACAAACCAAAGUAAAUGCUUUGGGUUUGUGAGUUUCGACAACCCAGGUAGUGCCCAGGCUGCCAUCCAGUCUAUGAACGGCUUCCAGAUCGGCAUGAAGAGGCUCAAGGUGCAGCUGAAGAGGCCAAAGGACGCCAACCGCCCCUACUAGCCCCCCGCCCCAGCCAGCCGCCGCCAUCCUGGUGGCUGGGGGCAGCCGUCGCACACAGGGAAAGACAGGUUUUGUUGAGCUGAAUCAUAUGUUGACUUCUUGCUACCCGAGUGCAAACUCGACAUCUGGACCACUGAGGCUGCUUCAGAAACAGAGGAGAGAGAGACAGCGAUGACCAAGUCAAGGACACCUCCUUUUGGAUGUACUCAAACUUUGGAACUCAGAAUUUCUACCAGCCUGGUUAGCCCAGGACCUUUUUUCUUCUGCACACAUAUACACACCUCUUUCCCCACAAACCCUGCUUGAAUGACAGCUACCUUUUUCUGGACCACAACAAACUUUUACUUGAACUAAGGGGGGAAAACAGUAAAAGAAACUAUAUCAAAUCUACUUUCAAUGACCAACCCCACUGAACAUUUAAUGGGAAUAUGGAUGUCAUAAGUCCAACAAGAACAAAACAGACUUUUUAAAAACUGAAUAGAGGAUUGCCGUAGGAGAUCUUUCAGUAGGAUGGUUUGAGUUUGGGGGAAUUGACUUUUGAAGACCAAUUUAUAAGGCUUGAAACAAGAAGGGACAAAUUCCCAGAGACAGAACUUAAGUAGGGAAUGUGAUGUCUUUCAGGACACAAAUUGGCUUCGAUUUGGGAUGGCCAUCUUUAGCUCGGAGUGCCUGUCCGUUUCCAGGGGAUACCGUUGCCAAGGAGAGCCAUAGCAACGGUCUCUCGGGAGUCUUACCUGUCAUUCCUUAGUUGUUUUAGGGACCAAAAGACCAAACAUUUUUAUUGCUGAGGACUUGUAGCUCUAAUAUACUCGGACCACUGCGUCUCUUUCAGUCAGUGUCAACUGGUUGAGGAGUUGCACUUAAAAAGAAGUGUACAUUUCGAAUAUAUACAACACAUGUAUAUAUACAUAUAUAUUGCUGAUAUGCUUUUUGAAUACAGGCAAAACUAUUUCAGAUGACCAAAUGGGGUCUCUCACUUCGCUAGUUUACAAUUACUCAAAAUGUUUAUUUUUUUCUCUUCUCAUUUUGUCUUGGGAGGGAUGGCGAGUGCAUGGGAGGGGCUGCUCCGUAUCACAGCCUUAUCUUUUUUAACUUGACAUCCUAACCUCAUAGAUAGAAUAACAUCAGAAGCGUUUGAAAUAUAUGAACUUGUUUAUAUUUGCGGUACAUAUAUAUGUAUAACAUGCAUUCAAGCAAAUGUAUUCAUAUAUACAGUAUAUAUGGAUAAAUAGAUAUUAAUCACAAACAAAUAUAUGUAUUUAUAUGCACAUAUUUUAUAUAUGUGUGUCUGUACAUAGAACGGCUACUGACUAUGUUGAGCUGUAAUUUUUUGUAGAUUUUAGCUGGAGUUUGAAACAUUGCUCUGCUUGGGAAGAAUCGCAAAUCUGGCAGCUCCCAAAACUGCAGGCAUUCCUAUCUCUGAUUACCUAUAUACUGACACACGAUAUAUUGUUAAAAGAUACAUGUGUGAGAAUACACAUACUGUGUAAAUAUUAUCUGAAAAUGCAAAAAGCCACAUCUAAGUAGCAGGCUUUAAGAGAAUCAGGCUAAAUGAUUUUAGAGUAAAAGGACAAUUAUCUUCGACUCUAUUCCAAACAUAUCUUUUGAGCUUACACACGCACACACACACACACACACACACACACACACACACACACACACACACACACACACACACAUACACAAACUUCUCUUUGAAACUUGAACCAAAACGAAUACGUCUCACAACCCUUUGCUCUCUUUUGCAUUCAGUAAAGUGCAUGUAGCGUAUGGGCUGUCACCGCGUCAAGGUGUGCCUUGUCACCUGCAGAAUCUGCCAUCAAGCACUGUGCUCUCCUCAGAAAACAAAGAAAAGUAGAAAAAAAAAACUCAGCUAAACACACUACUGCGAGCAGCCAACGCGCUAUUAUGAUGUCAAAAACCACAGCCAGAUCCAUAUCGUCUCUCAGCCAUGUAGAGAGCUGCAGUGCAUGUCCAAUAUGGUAAACCAUCCGACCACUGUCGGCCCUUCACCGUCCAAGGGUACAAAAAAACACGAAAGCAUUUACACUCAUGCGCGUACGCAGUGUCAGAUGAAAGCGGGCAUUAGUCAACCUGCACAGGUACUGACUAUCUAAGCUGUUCCACUCACUGGUGUCAAAACGAGGGGGGAAGGGUGGAGGUUGCGAUUGACAUGAGAAGUGAUUGAGCUUACUGGACCUGACAUUAGGUUUUGAAUGGUUACGAAGGUGAAUGAAAUAUUUCUGCAUUAUGUUAUCAUUAGAGCGCUGGCUUCCCACUGACCGGAGGCAGUACAUUGUGUGGAUCUCUGCUGGUAGUGGUUGACAUGAAGCAUAUCGUCUUCAGAAAGAUGUGAUAUUGCCUUGCCUUACGCUACACGCCGUCACCCGAUUAAAUAUGAACACAGACGCGUAAUGAAACUGUAAAAUGAAGCAAUAAGUGUGAAAAGCCAUUCAUCCAUGACAACUGCUGUAACACAGAGGCUGGUUUCAUAUUGUUUUAGCGUACAGUUUCUCAUCGUAGUAUGAACACCUACUACGUACCUGCAAAAGGUCAACAGACUUGGAUUUAUUGGACCCCCCCCCGUUCAACACAUAUUCAGCUGGUGGAGAUUGCUCAAUGAAUAUUUAUACAUAUGAAUAUUUAUAAGGCUAUAUGACACUUUGGAAGACAAUGCUUCCUGUUGGGUGCUGUUACUAGUUUUCCUAUAAACUGCUCAUUAUGCCAUUUCCCUAGUGUCUGUGUCUAACCUUUUUAGCAGAUUGCAUAAUUUAACAUUUACCUUCCAAACCCAGCGAGGCUAAAAGACGCAACAAUCACAUCCCAGGACGCCUCCGUUUGUGUGUGUGUGCCACAUAACAAUGCUCUGAGCCAGUUGACCAUCAUGAUCUUUUUUUUUUUUUUUUUUGCCCCCGACAGAAUCCGUGGCGGGUUCGCACAAAGCGACUCGUACGUCCACCUGAGCUGUAUUUGAGCAAACAAUAACAACUGGAACUAAAUGUCAUACGUCUGGUAGCCCUCAUCGCCGCACUGUGUGCCCUCUUCGACAGCCCCCCGCCGCUGAGAAAAUUGAAAAAUUUGUCGACACGGCCUCUGCUUUUCUAAUGGUUUGUUUGAGCAAUCACUCAUGUCUUUCACGGAACCGAGCCCACGUUUCCAUGUCGAGAGAAAUAAGAAAAGGGGAGAAGCAGAACAACCACGGGGAGCCAGAAUGUCAAGCACCUCAUCUCCAUUUGCUCCAACUCUGAGCUGCAAGUUUACAUGAGAAAAGUAAAACAAAGUAUAGUUGGUUCGAAAACAACAAGGGACAGAGCAGAAGUUUGAAUAUAAAUAUAUAUAUAUAAAUAUAUAUAUAAACCGAUGAAUAUACUGUAAAUUGUUUCUUUUUUGCUCUGUUUUCCUCUGUACAUAGGUUUGCAUAUUUUAUAGGACUUUUACUUCUAUCUACAAGGACUGGAUAAGUACUUUAAAUACUUAAAAAAAAAAUAUAUGAAUGAAAAACAUGAUAAUGCUCAUUAAAUCCAGGUACAAAAAAAAAAAAACACAAAAAAAAAAACAAGUUGCUAGGAUACGGUACAAACUGUAGGACCUGACCAAGGCAUUUAUCCAGAAUACAGUCAGGGAGAGCAUUGACCUCAGUUAGAGCUUAGACACACAUUGACCUAUUUUAUAAAAAAAAAUACUUUGAUGGGUUCUAUUCAUUUAUCUAUUUGUUUAGAUAUUUAUUUAUAAGUCAUGUCCGAGAUGAUAUGCAUGCUUUCAUGGCAUUAUUUUUUUAUGAGUUGGUACGUGACCAAAUAGUUUUUUAUAAAACAUGCAUGGGCCACUGUUGUGGUCCACAGAUGAUCAUUGUUCCUGUCUGCAGGACCAUGCCUUCAGCACUUCUUUGAUGAGAGGGGGGGGAAGCUCCUAGUGACCAAGUGAUGUCAAAGACAGAUUUUAAUCAUUUAUUUAUUUAUUUAUUUAUUUAUUUAUUUAUUUUCUGUGUUUAUGUAUUUAUUUAUCUGUGCUGUUUGACUCAAGAUCUGAGCUCUCGUAUUUCACCUGAUCUGUUUGUCUGUCUGUUUGUUUGUAUGUGUGUGUGUCAGCAUCAAUACAUCACAUGUUUUAAGUAUUGGAAAAAUUCUGAUUCCAACAACUUCAAAGACGGAUUCUACCUUGAUAAACUAUUCACAACAAUGCAGUAAAAUACUAAAGCCUUAUGUAUAUUUGUAAUUAUCAUUUCGCAAAGCUCUGUUCAAAAAAAAAAAAGAAAAAGAAAAAAAGGUGAAAAAAAAAAAGUUUAGCGUUGUUUAAAGCUGCCAGUUCUAGGUUCCCGCUAUGGUUUUGAGAACCACUUGCCUCCAGGACGAAACCUUUUUCAACAAAGUCAAAAUAAACCCACAACUCGGAUACGUCUUCAACAAAACACACGCCCAGAGGUGAAUAUAAAUUGCUGCUAAUUUGUAAUGAGCCAACGUCCGAUUCAUCAUCAAUCUCAGAUUGACGGCUUGCUUAAAAGGUCAUUAUGGAUUCAAAAACUUUACACCCCUCCUCUUAUUCUCCCACCCUGCUUUGAAUGGUUUUCCGGAGCUCUGAUCUUGUUCAACUGAUGUGUUCUUCCGAGAGCAAAAUUCAAUGAAAACUGCACUAUGUCAUCAAAAGAAAUUAGAGGGUUUUUUUUCAGUGCUGUUAUCCGUGGUUUUAUUUCCAAAGCUCAGCAGUGUUCCGAGAAUAACAUUUUACUUCAUAUGGUUUUUCAAAGUAUUCUGGAAAUCUUUUUCCCCAAUUUCAGCACAUAUGGAGGGUGGGGAAAUGAAUGUUGCUUAUUAAGCUUUGCCAGGGUCCUGAUGAGCUGAGCUUCUGAUUGGGCAGUGCGCUUUAGGCUCCCGCCCCCCGUCUCCCCAGACAGCACCAUUCUCUGGUCCCCUGGACUCUUUUUUUGUAAUUUUAAAUGAAUGAUGCGUCUCAGCUUAGCCCAAUAAUAAAGCACAGUCUAGAAUAAA